AUGGCAAAAGACCAGCAGCCCCAAAGCCCACCGGAAGGGGCCUUGCGGGCAGCCUCUGAGCCGGAGCGUGAAAAGAAGAAAGCCGUCGAGAGGGCUCUUGUGUUAUUGACAUCGAUUGCUGAGUGGCCUCCUUUCCUUCCUUCCCUCUCCUCCUCUGUGCUUUUCUCAGCCUACGGCUGUGGCCGUCCCACCUACGUGCCCAACAUUUCCCGUGUGGUUGGGGGCGAAGAUGUCUGGCCCCACAGCUGGCCCUGGCAGGUCUCCCUCCAGUACGACAAGAAAGGAGUCUGGGCUCACACUUGCGGCGGGACCCUCAUUGACGCCAACUGGGUGCUGACGGCCGCUCACUGCAUCAGCUCCACGCGGACCUACCGGGUGCUGCUGGGCAAGCAGAACCUGAAAGCGGCCGAGGCCGGGGAGGUGGCCGUGGCGGUGGAGAAGGCCAUUGUGCACGAGAAGUGGAACUCCCUCUUCAUCAUCAACGACAUCGCCCUGUUGAAGCUGGCGGAGCCGGUGGAGUUCAGCGACACCAUCCAGCCCUCCUGCCUGCCCACCCCGGACUCCCUGCUGCCCCAGGGCUUCCCCUGCUACGUCACCGGGUGGGGCCGUCUCUGGACCAACGGGCCCAUCGCGGACACCCUCCAGCAGGGCUUCCUGCCCGUGGUGGACCACGCCACCUGCACCCAGAAGGACUGGUGGGGCUCCAUGGUCAAGGCCAGCAUGGUCUGCGCAGGGGGAGACGGCGUCAUUUCGGGGUGCAAUGGAGACUCCGGGGGUCCCCUGAACUGCCGCAGUGGCGACUCCUGGCAAGUCCAUGGCAUCGUUAGCUUUGGCUCCGCCCUCGGCUGCAACACGGCCAAGAAGCCCACCGUCUUCACCCGCGUCUCCAACUACAACUCCUGGAUCGCCGAGGUGAGUGGGGGCUGGCAGGGACCCCAUCCCGUGCCCCCCCCCCAGGAUCCUUUCCCCAGGGACUCCGAGGCCCCCACUCUCUGGAGCGAUGGACGGACGUCCUUCCUGAUAAUCGGUUUGAUUAUCUCGCCACGAGCCUACGGCUGUGGCCGUCCCACCUACGUGCCCAACAUUUCCCGUGUGGUUGGGGGCAAAGAUGCCCGGCCCCACAGCUGGCCCUGGCAGACCUACCGGGUGUGGCUGGGCAAGCAGAACCUGAAAGUGGCCGAGGCCGGUGAGGUGGCCGUGGCGGUGGAGAAGGUCAUCAUCCACGAGGAGUGGGACAACGCGCACAUCCUCAACGACAUCGCCCUGUUGAAGCUGGCAGAGCCGGUCGAGUUCAGCGACACCAUCCAGCCCUCCUGUCUGCCCACCCCGGACUCCCUGCUGCCCCAGGGCUUCCCCUGCUACGUCACCGGGUGGGGCCGUCUCUGGGCCAACGGGCCCAUCGCGGACACCCUCCAGCAGGGCUUCCUGCCCGUGGUGGACCACGCCACCUGCACCCAGAAGGACUGGUGGGGCUCCAUGGUGAAGGCCAGCAUGGUCUGCGCGGGGGGAGACGGCGUCAUUUCGGGGUGCAGUAGCGACUCCGGAGGGCCCCUGAACUGCCGCAUCGGCCACACGUGGCAAGUCCAUGGCAUCGUCAGCUUCGGCUCCACCAAGUGCAACGUGGCCAAGCAGCCCACCGUCUUCGCCCGGGUCUCCGCCUACAUCCCCUGGAUCACCCAGAAAAUGAAGCAGAACUGAGGCGCCUUGUGAACAGAGAUGAAAGAAGCAGAAUAAUAAAUGCUUUGUUAUGCAAAAGGCUCCGGUGUUUGUGGCUUUUCCUGCCCCUUCCCCCCCCCCCCCCAAAUCCUGGGACUUCCUCAAACUCCUCUCCGUUACGUCUGGGAAUACAGCCAGUCCUCAAUUUACGACCACUGAGAUUGGAAGCCAUAAGAGGAGAAUGUAACUCAGUGAAGAACUGUGGAUGGUGUCGUUCUUCUCUCCCUCCCUCCUCCCCCCCCCCCCCCGUGGCUGAAUUGAGUAGUGGGCCCAUAAAGUAGAAGUUUGGGGCACAUAUGAGCAGACUGCUGCCCCUGGUGGCUAAAUGAGGUACUAACGUCCCAAAGAAAACAGGGUAAGCCUUGCUUUAUCAUUGGGUGCUCCCCCGCUCCCCCCAGUGGCUGGGUUCGGUACUGCUGCCGAAGGGGCUCCUGCCAGUUCCUGCUCCUUCUGGGCUGGGGGGCUCCUGAGUUCCCAUCUCGCCCCAGAUUUGGGCAAGAGCCCCUGAUCAGGUGGGACUGGAAGGGGAGUGGGGGAAGCCUCUUUCCAGAGCAUAAAUUUAUUCUCAGCUGUUUGGAAUUGAGCCAAUCGGGCUGAAAAAGGGGUGUCUGUUUCCCCCUUUUCUGGUCUCCGUUAGCUGCCUUCUGCAGGAAAUAAAUGGGGGGGGGGAUUUUUUUACUCAUUCAGUGGAUAUGGAGAAGCCCUUUCCUGGGAAAAGGGGGUUUGCAGCAAGGCGCUGGGUCUCUCUCCUGGCUGCCUCCCCCCCCCUCCCCAGAGACCCCCCCAGAGGAAGCGGGGCUGGUGUUUAUCCCUUAAAGGGUUUUUUAAAAAAUAAUAUUAACGCUUGUGGCUCAAAAACGAUUUAUAUGAGCUCCUUCACAUUGUAAUCAUCU